GAAGAUUUUGAGAAAAACCACAAACAAACAAAAAACCUUAAGGCAAAUAUUUGUGCCACAAAACUAAAACAACAAACAUAGAAGAGAAACCAACCCACCUUUAGCUAGUAGACGACUAUUAUUCCCACCCAGUAGAAUGAAGCCUAGCAAGAGGAGUCUAGGCGGCUCCUACUCCUCCUCCUCCUUGUGUUUCCAACUGCCAACUGCCCUCUUGCUGUUAACCUGUUGGACAUCAUUCACAUUGGCAGUUCAGCGACAGCCCAUCAAUUCAGCGGGUGGACAUGAGUUGAGGGGAACCACAUUUAUGCCGGCUUUGGAAUGCUACGAUCCCUACGGCAGACCGCAGAAAUGUUUACCAGAAUUCAUCAAUGCUGCCUAUCAAUUGCAAAUUGAAUCGACCAACACUUGCGGCGAAUUGGGCGACAACCAUUUCUGCAUACAGACCAUGAAUCCCAAUCACAAGAAUUGUGAAUUCUGCAGAUACGAAGAUCACAAUCCUUUAUUCCUGACGGAUCUGCAUGAUCCACAGAAUCCCACUUGGUGGCAAUCGGAAACAAUGUUCGAAGGCAUUCAGCAUCCGAAUCAUGUAAAUUUGACAUUACAUUUGCGCAAAUCGUAUGACAUAACCUAUGUGCGCAUUUUGUUCCGCUCACCGCGUCCCGAAUCGUUUACCAUCUACAAGCGAACAUCGGAGAAUGGCGCUUGGAUUCCGUAUCAAUAUUAUAGUGCCACCUGUCGGGAUACGUAUUCGUUGCCCGACUCUCGGGCCAUCCGUAAGGGCGAGGGUGAGGCACAUGCUCUCUGUACCAGCGAGUACAGUGAUAUCUCGCCGUUGCGCGACGGUGAGAUUGCCUUCUCCACGCUGGAGGGUCGUCCCAGUGGUAUCAACUUCGAGCGUAGCCUCGAACUACAGGAUUGGGUCACUGCCACCGAUAUACGCAUCACAUUGGAUCGCCUGAAUACGUUUGGUGACGAGCUCUUUGGUGAUUCGCAGGUACUCAAAUCGUAUUUCUAUGCCAUCAGUGACAUUGCUGUGGGUGCGCGUUGCAAGUGCAAUGGACAUGCCAGCAAAUGCGUGGCCAGCACCGGGAUGCAUGGUGAACGCACCUUAGUCUGCGAGUGUCGUCAUAAUACAGAUGGACCGGACUGUGAUCGCUGUUUGCCGUUGUACAAUGACGUCAAAUGGAAGAGGGCUACCUCCACCGAGGUGAAUGAGUGCAAAGCCUGCAAUUGCAAUGGCUUGGCAGACAAAUGUUACUUUGAUUCACAUCUCUUCAAUUUAACCGGCCAUGGUGGUCACUGUUUGGAUUGCCGGGAGAACCGCGAUGGCCCCAACUGUGAACGCUGCAAGGAGAAUUUCUAUAUGCGGGAGGAUGGCUAUUGCAUCAACUGUGCCUGCGACCCCGUGGGUUCACGUUCCCUGCAAUGCAACAGCCAUGGCAAAUGCCAAUGCAAGCCUGGAGUGACGGGCGAUAAGUGUGAUCGCUGCGACAACAACUACUAUCAGUUUGGCCCACAUGGUUGCCAGCCAUGUGGCUGUGAUGGACGUGGCUCUCAGGAUAAUACGCCAGCUUGUGACGCGGAGAGCGGCAUUUGCUUCUGCAAGGAGAAUGUCGAGGGCAGACGAUGCAAUGAAUGUAAACCGGGCUUCUUCAAUUUGGACAAAUCUAAUCGUUUCGGCUGCACACCCUGCUUCUGUUAUGGUCAUACCUCUGAGUGUCAGACUGCUCCUGGUUAUUCGGUUGUUGCCGUCACCUCGAACUUCAAUAAGCACAAGGAACGCUGGACAGCGAUCGAUUUAAAUCGUCGUGAUGUCGAUAUCAAAUACAAUCAAUAUAGCCGUAGUAUAGGCACCACAGCCCAGGGCAAUGAAUAUGUCUACUUCCAGGCGCCCGAUCGUUUCUUGGGCGAUCAGCGUGCCUCCUAUAAUCGGGACUUGAAAUUCAAAUUGCAACUGGUCGGUCAGGUGGGACCGAGCACAAGUGCCAGUGAUGUUAUACUCGAGGGAGCCGGCAGUAAAAUCUCUUUGCCCAUAUUUGCCCAGAACAAUGGCAUCCCAGAUCAGGGAGUCAAGGAGUAUACGUUCCGUUUGCAUGAGCAUCAUGACUACAGAUGGCAGCCAAGUCAAUCCGCACGGGGAUUCCUUUCGAUUCUAUCGAAUUUGACAGCCAUCAAGAUACGUGCCACCUACUCGGUGCAGGGUGAGGCUAUAUUGGAUGACGUGGAAUUGCAGACGGCGCAUCGGGGAGCAGCUGGUCAGCCGGCCACCUGGAUAGAACAGUGUACCUGCCCAGAGGGUUAUCUCGGUCAAUUCUGCGAGUCUUGUGCUCCGGGCUAUCGCCAUAGUCCGGCGCGUGGAGGUCCUUUCAUGCCCUGCAUCCCAUGCGAUUGCCAUGGACAUGCGGAUAUCUGUGACUCGGAGACAGGUCGCUGCAUUUGUCAGCACAAUACCUUCGGGGACAACUGCGACCAGUGUGCCAAGGGCUACUAUGGCAAUGCCUUGGGAGGCACUCCCUACGACUGCAAACGCUGCCCAUGCCCCAAUGAUGGCGCUUGUCUGCAGAUAAAUGGCGACACGGUAAUCUGUACGGAAUGUCCAGUGGGUUACUUUGGCUCUCGUUGUGAACAGUGUAGUGAUGGCUUCUAUGGCGACCCCACCGGACUCUUGGGCUUUGUCCAGACCUGCAAAAGCUGCGACUGCAACGGCAAUGUCGACCCGAAUGCCGUGGGCAAUUGUAACCGCACGACGGGCGAGUGUCUCAAGUGUAUCCAUAAUACAGCCGGUGAGCAUUGUGAUCAAUGUUUGCCCGGACACUUUGGCGAUCCAUUGGCCUUGCCACAUGGCAAAUGCGAUCGGUGUAGCUGUUAUGCCGCCGGCACGGAGCAAGAUGAACAAAGCAUUUCCAAGUGUGAUCAGGUCACUGGCCAGUGUCAAUGUAAACCGAAUGUUAUUGGACGCGAUUGUGGUGAAUGCCAGCCGGGUUAUUUCAAUAUACGUUCGGGCAAUGGGUGUGAGAACUGCUUGUGCGAUCCUGUGGGCAGUUACAAUGCCACAUGCGAUCGGUACUCCGGCCAAUGCCACUGCAAGCCCGGAGUGGUGGGUCUGCGUUGCGAUCAGUGUGCCAAUUAUUUCUAUGGCUUCUCGCCGGAAGGUUGCAAGUCUUGUGACUGCGAUGAGAGCGGCUCGAAGGGAUUCCAGUGCGAUCAGAAUGGUCAGUGUCCGUGCAACGAUAAUGUCGAGGGCCGUCGCUGCGAUCGAUGCAAAGAGAAUAAAUACGAUCGACAUCGCGGCUGCGUCGAUUGUCCAGACUGUUAUAAUCUUGUGCAGGAUGCCGCCAAUCUUCAUAGAGCCAAAUUGGCUAAUCUCAGUGCGACUCUGGAUGAGAUUGCCCGCACUCCGGUGACCAACGAUGAGGAAUUCGAGGCCAAGUUGAAGGCAGUGCAAGAGAAAGUCGCCCUUCUGGCUGAGGAUGCGCGCGAUAAUUCGGGCGAGAGUGGCCAGACCUAUGUGGAGGUCAUUGAUGAUCUGCAUAAGCGUUUGGACAGCAUGCGUAAUCAUUUGGAGAGUGCCGAUAAGUUGCAGCAGGAUGCCAAUGAGGAGAUUGCCAAGGCACGUCGCAAUUACACCGAACUCCAUAGCAUCAUUGAGGAUGCCAAACGGGAGCUACAGGAGGCCAUUGAUCUACUGAACGAAGAGGGAUCUCAAGCACUGGCCAAGGCCAAGAAUAAGUCCGAGGAAUUUGGUCAGCAAUCGCAGCAGAUAUCGGACAUCUCGCGUGAGGCACGUGCCCUGGCCGAUCGCCUCGAAUCGGAGGCCCAAUUCGACUUGCAAAAUGCCAAAGAUGCCAAGGAUGCCGUCGAGAAGGCCCUCUUGUUAGCCAAGAACGCCAUCGAUCUGCAGCAGAAGGUCAGUGUGGAAUUGAAGUCCGAGGUGCGUCUCGAGUUGAACCAAGUCAAGCAGUCAUUGGGCGCUGUGGCUCAAACCUCCAAGGAGGCUCUCCGUAAGGCGAAUGAGGUUUACGAUGCCGCUUUGACCCUUCUCAACGAUGUCAAUCGCCAGACCCAGCCCGACAUUGACAUAAAUCAAUUGAAAAAGGAUGCUGUGGCAGCCAAUGAAAAAGCCGACGAACUACUUAAACAGAUAAACGAGUUGACCAACAACAAUGGAGAAAUCUAUGCCGAUUUUGAGAAUGAACAGAAAUUGGGCACAUUGCUGCUGGAGAGGGCCGCAAAACAAAAACAAGAUGACAUUGAGCUCUUGGAGCGGGCCAAGGCAGCCUUCGAGAAGGCCACCAAGGCUGUAAAACAGGGUGAUAAUACCCUAAAGGAGGCCAACAACACGUACAACACUCUGGCUGGCUUCCAGUCGGAUGUGGAGGCAUCCAAGGAGAAGGCUGAUCAGGCCCUACAAACGGUUCCCAGCAUCGAGCAGGAAAUUCAAAAUGCCAAACAUCUGAUUAGUCAGGCGGAUGAGGCUCUCGAUGGUGCAAAUAAGAAUGCCAACGAAGCCAAGGAGAAUGCCCAAGAGGCCCAGAAGAAAUAUGCUGAACAGGCCUCAAAGGAUGCCGAACUGAUACGUCGCAAGGCCAAUGAAACUAAGGUGGCUGCUCGUAAUCUACGCUAUGAGGCCGAUCAGCUAACAUAUCGUUUCGGAUUAACCGAAAAUGAUAUAUUCAAACUGGAGGAGAACUCUACCAAAGAUGAUAAUCUGGUCGAUGAUGCCAAGCGUAAAGUGGGACAGGCCAAGGCUGAUACCCAAGAGGCCCAGAAGCAAAUUGAAAAGGUCAAUGCGGAUCUAACUGCCAUUAAGGAUGAGUUGGAGAAUCUAAAGGAUAUCAAUACAGCUGAUUUGGAUAAACUGGAAAAUCGUCUGGCCAUUGUGGAGAAUGAUAUUAUUCGUGUCAAUCUAACGGGUCGCAUUGAAAAGUAUCGAGAACAAAGAAAUGCGCAGAAGAAACUGAUCGAUAAAUACGAAUUGGAGUUAACGGAACUUAUACACGAAGUGGACAACAUACGUUUAAUAUCCGAUGCACUGCCCGAUGGCUGCUUCAGACGUAAUCGCCUAGAGCCAUGAAAACAAAAACCAACAAAAACAAAUGCCACAUCUAAUACUAAAAUGAAACAACAACAAUAAAAAAUACCAACUACUUCAAUUAUCAAUUAAGUAACACAAAACAAGACGAACAAAUUCGGAUUAUACUAGUUUAGAGCCGUUGCAAUGAAAUUAUAUAUAAUAUUAGUUCUUCUUUUAGUUGAAUCAUUUUUCUCUAGAAACCGAAAACGAAACUGAAACCGAAACCGAAACAAAACCUAAACUCAAAUCAGAUAAACAUACGAAUGAAACGUAAAGCUUUAAAGCCUGAUCGUUUGCAUACUAUAUGCCAUAUACCAACUAAAUUUAUAUAUAUUAAUAUAUAUAUAUAUAUACAUACAUAUAUAUGAUGAUUCGUAACUGUGAAAUUUUUUUGUAUAACUGCCAAUUUGUGCUUUAUGUAGAUCCAAUAGAUCCAUGUAGUUUGCCCAAGAGUCGCCAAGUGGACUGUAUUAUAAAUCUCUCUAUUAUCUAUCGGCAAAUUCCAAUUUGCCUUUCUUUUCCCCCCACCUCCUCAGCAAUGAUUCCUCUCCCUUUCCCACUGGAAAUCUACACCAUAUUCUCACUUUUAUAUAUAUAUUAAUAUUAUUAACAUUUACGUUUAAUGUGCCAAUUUUUAUACAAUAUUUUUCCUUUUUGCCUAUAAGUUUUUGCCUAAAAUGAAAGUGUUUUU